AUGAAUAUCGCACAACCCGUGGGCUCGUCGCUAGAGAGCGUCGAGUUCACCUUCCUCACUGCCGAAGAGAUCCGUUCUAUUUCUGUUAAGCGAAUCGAAAAUGACAGCACCUUUGACAACCUUCUCAAUCCGAUACCUGGCGGUCUUUACGACCCUGCUCUUGGGUCAUGGGGUGACGCUCUGUGCCUUACAUGCAACCUGAACCAGGCCCAGUGCCCAGGGCAUCCGGGCCACAUCGAACUUCCGGUACCCGUCUACCACCCGGUCUUCAUGGACCAGGCCUACCGUCUCCUCCGAGCUCAGUGUGUUUACUGCCACCGAUUCCGACUUCCCCGGCAUGAGAUCCACAAGUACACCUGCAUGUUCCGCGUGGUGCAGGUUGGACUCAUUCACGAGGCGCACAUGAUUGAAUCGUUCUCCGUCAGCGACCUCGGGGAGCAACUCAGGAAUCUCACGUUAUCCGAUGUUCCGAACCCCGAGCAGGAUGAGGCGGAGGAGGAGGGAGGCAAUCUUCAUGACGGCACCAUGCGCGCCAGGGAGACAUACGUUCGGCAAGUCUUACGGGAUCAUAGGCUCAAGGUCAACAUUGGGCGACAUCAGGAAAGGCAAGCACGAGGGAACUCCAAGCCGCUCUCAGCCGAUAUGUUCUUUGUAUCGACGCUUUUGGUCCCCCCCAAUCGCUAUCGCCCAGAGGCUCGCAUGGGAGACUCCCAGAUCUCCGAAGCCCAGCAAAACAGCCUUUACAAGCUAAUUCUUAGGAGCGCUUCACUCGUGGCACAGAUCUCGCGAGAGAUCAGCGGCCAAACCAAGGAGGACAUGAUGGAUGAGAGCAGGAGGACAAGGGAUAUGAGCUCUUUGUACCAGGCAUGGACAGAGCUGCAGGAUGCCGUCAACUCGCUCAUUGACCGGGACAAGAACCCUGUUCAGGGUGCUGCCGCCAAGCGAAACGAGGAAGGUAUCAAGCAGAAGCUGGAGAAGAAAGAAGGCCUGUUCCGGAAGAACAUGAUGGGCAAGCGUGUCAACUUCGCGGCCAGAAGUGUUAUCUCUCCUGACCCUAAUAUUGAGACCAACGAAAUCGGUGUCCCCCCUGUUUUCGCCAGGAAACUCACAUACCCUGAGCCGGUGACGAGCCACAACUUCAAGGACCUUCAGCAAGCUGUUAUCAACGGUGUUGACAAAUGGCCUGGUGCUGCGGCGAUCGAGAAUGAGAACGGCCAGAUUGUUAACCUACGGGCAAAGUCCCUGGAGGACCGUGUCUCGCUCGCCAACCAACUUCUCGCUCCAACCGGAAACAACUUCAGUGGCCAGCGGAACAAGAAGGUACACCGGCAUUUGACCAACGGUGAUGUGGUGUUGAUGAACCGGCAACCGACACUCCACAAGCCCUCCAUCAUGGGUCACAGAGUCCGCGUCCUGCCCGGGGAAAAGACCAUUCGCAUGCACUAUGCCAACUGCAACACCUACAAUGCCGAUUUUGACGGAGAUGAGAUGAACAUGCAUUUUCCGCUAACCGAAGUGAGGGGCGCCGAAGCGCUUCAACUCUCCGAUACCGAUCACCAGUAUAUCUCUGGAACGGCCGGCACCCCCCUGCGUGAGAGCGGCCACAUUACGGGUGACAAGAUUGAGCUCGUGCCCCCGGCGAUCAUCAAACCGGCGCCCCGUUGGACGGGUAAGCAGGUUAUCACAACGAUCCUGAAGAAUAUCAGACCCGCCGAUUGCGGCGAUCUGUGGAUGAACGGAUCUGCUAAGGUCAAGAGCCGUAGCUGGGGAGAGGACUCCGAGGAGGGCCAGGUGAUGUUCCGCGACGGCGAGUUCAUCAGCGGUAUCCUCGACAAGUCCCAGCUGGGUCCAAGCGAUGGGGGGUUCGUCCACGCGGUGCAUGAGGUUUAUGGACCAUCGGUGGCAGGGAAACUGCUCAGCAGCAUAGGCCGCCUAUUAACCCGAUACUUGGCCAUGGUCGCCUUCACAUGCGGUAUGGACGAUCUCCGUAUGACGCCGCAGGGAGAGAAGGAUCGCAAGGAAACGAUCAAGGCCGCGGUAAACAUCGGUAUCGAGGUGGCAGCCAAGUACGUUUCGCUCGGCGAACAGAAGCCGACCAAGGACGAUCCCUUGCUUUUGGAGCGUCUCGAGGAAGUGCACAGAGACGACAAGAAGCAGGAAGGUCUCGAGUUGCUUACCAGUCAGGAAUGCGCCAAGCUCUCGACCGAAAUCACCAGGCUGUGCCUGCCUGCUGGUCUCGAGAAGCAGUUCCCGAAGAACCACAUGCAGUCUAUGACGACUUCUGGUGCCAAGGGUAGUCCCGUCAACGCCAACCUUAUCUCGUGCAACCUGGGUCAGCAGGUUCUUGAAGGCCGCCGUGUCCCUGUGAUGGUGAGCGGCAAGACCCUACCCAGCUUCAAACCCUACGACACCGAUGUGAGGGCAGGUGGUUAUAUUGUCAACCGUUUCUUGACGGGCAUUCGCCCGCAGGAGUACUACUUCCAUCACAUGGCCGGUCGCGAAGGUCUAAUCGAUACGGCCGUCAAGACAUCCCGCUCCGGCUACCUCCAGAGAUGUUUGAUCAAGGGCAUGGAGGGUCUGAGGGUCUCGUACGAUUCGUCGGUGCGAGACUCAGACGGCACCGUUGUGCAGUUCCUCUUUGGUGAGGACGGCAUCGAUAUUGGGAAACAAAAGUAUCUCAAUGAUUUCGAGUUUGUCCUUCGCAACCUCGAUUCGCAGCUGCCGCAGAUUAGGUAUCAUGAGUCCGGCACCCAGGCCCUGUUUGAACACAGGGACGAAAUCAUGAAGCGGAUGAAGAGCGCCAUCCGAUCUAGCAGCACUCGCAAUCCACUCGACCCGGUAUCAUCGGAGGUUGACCCCACCGCCUUUGCGUUUGCGACAUCGGAGAAGUUCUACAGCAAGAUGAUGGAUUACGUCAAGACGAACAAGGACGGGUUGAUCAAGGAGAAGAAGGGGUCAGACAGCCAAAAGGGUCAAAUCGCCCGCAAGACGGCCGAGAAGAUUCUGGCAGCCAAGUACAUCCGGUCUUUGGUCGAGCCUGGCGAGGCGGUUGGUAUCGUCGCCGGCCAGUCUGUUGGAGAGCCGUCCACACAAAUGACACUGAACACGUUCCAUUUGGCAGGUCACUCGGCCAAGAACGUGACACUGGGUAUCCCGCGUCUCCGCGAAAUCUUGAUGACGGCUAGUUCCAAGAUCUCGACGCCGUCUAUGACCCUUGUGCUCAACGAGGAGCUCUCGGAACUCGAUGGCGAGCAAUUUGCCAAGUCCAUUAGCGUGCUCCCGCUUGCGCACGUCACCAAGGAGGCGGUUGUCCGCGAGCGCGUUGGCCGCGGGAUUGGAUACGCGCUGGCUAAGUCGUUCGAGAUCCGGCUGCGGUUCUUCGAGGCCGGCGACUACGCCAGCAUGUAUGCUAUUAACAUCGCUGACGUACUCAACACAGUGGAGCGCAAGUUCAUCCCGCUGCUCUCUCUGCUCACCAGGAAAGAAAUCAAGAAGAAGCAAAAGUCGAAGAGCGCGGCUACGCCCGAGGUCGGCGUCAAGUCCGGCGUUGUGGAAACGGCGCCCCCCGCUUCAGAAAGGGUCACAACUGGAGAUGAUGAGGACGACGACGACGAAGGGGAUGACGACGCCACGAGCGCCAAGCAGAGGGCCAACCGGUCCGAGGCGGUCUCGUACGGGCCGAACGAUGAUGAGGAUGACGAGAUCCAGAACCAACUCCAACGGGAGACAGACGACGUCGAGGAGGGCGAGGAACGGCUUGACUUUGUCGACGAGGCGUACGGCGGCAGCCCUGAGCCCGAGGAUGAGCUAGGCGACAAGACGGACGAGGAGCGGUCGCGGUCGCGCGAGGCGCGCAUCAAGAGCAAGAAUGAGCACGUGGCGCGGUUCCGGUGCGACGAGGCGGGCGGAGAAUGGGUCGACUUCACGCUCGAGUUUGACGCGUCGAUUCCCAAGAUCUUGAUGCUCAGCCUAGUGCAGGAGGCGGUCAAGAAGUCGGUUAUCCAGCAGAUCCACCGCAUCGGCAACGCGGCAUUCGAGCCCAAGAAGAGGAAGGACGAGGCCACGGGCGAAGAGCGCAUAGUCGAGAUGCUUGUGCACACCGACGGCGCCAACCUCCGGGCCAUGCAGCAGUACGGCGACUACAUCAACCCCAACAGGAUCUCGACCAACGAUAUCGCACAGGUGCUGGAGGUGUACGGCGUGGAAGCGUGCCGGAGCAAUAUCGUCGCGGAACUCAGCGGCGUCUUCGCCGGUCACGGUAUCGCGGUCGAUCCCCGCCAUCUGAACCUCAUUGCCGAUUACAUGACCAGAAAUGGCGGUUUCUCGGCCUUCAACCGUAUCGGCCUGACAGGCAACGUCAGCCCCUUUACCAAGAUGAGCUACGCAUUGCUGCGUUUUAGGCGGCUCUUGGGGAUGGGAGCAGGGUAG